UAGAAGUUAGGAUGUAAUGUUAAAAUUGUACAAGGCAUUGGUGAGAGCGAAUCUGGAGUAUGGUGUACAAUUUUGGUCGCCCAAUUAUAGGAAUGAUGUCAACAAAAUAGAGAGAGUACAGAGGAGAUUUACUAGAAUGUUGCCUGGGUUUCAACAACUAAGUUACAGAGAUAGGUUGAAUAAGUUAGGUCUUUAUUCUCUGGAGCGCAGAAGUUUAAGGGGGGACUUGAUAGAGGUCAUUAAAAUGAUGAGAGGAAUAGACAGAGUUGAUGUGGACAAGCUUUUCCCUUUGAGAAUAGGGAAGAUUCAAACGAGAGGACAUGACUUCAGAAUUAAGGGACAGAAGUUUAGGGGUAACAUGAGGGGGGAACUUCUUUACGCAGAGAGUGGUAGCGGUGUGGAAUGGGCUUCCAGUGGAAGUGGUGGAGGCAGGUUCAUUGGUAUCAUUUAAAAAUAAAUUGGUUAGGCAUAUGGAUGAGAAGGGAAUGGAGGGUUAUGGUAUGAGUGCAGGCAAGUGGGACUAAGGGGAAAAAAAGUUGUUCGGCACGGACUUGUAGGGCCGAGAUGGCCUGUUUCCGUGCUGUAAUUGUUAUAUGGUUAUAUGGUUAGUUGAGGCCAGUUCAUUGGCUAUAUUGAAGAGGGAGUUAGAUGUGGCCCUUGUGGCUAAGGGGAUCAGAGGGUAUGGUUAUAUGGUUAUAUAGAUACGACGAGGAAGCAGGACCUUCGGCCCACCGAGUCCGCGCCGACCAGCGAUCCCUACACACAUUGGGGAUAAUUUAUAAAUAUACCAAGUCAAAUAGUCUACAAAUCUGCCCGUUGUUGACGUGUAGGGGGUAACCGGAGAAAACCCACGCAGGUUACGGGAAGAACAUACAAACUCCGUACAGACAGCAUCCGUAGACAAUAUCGAACCCACGCUGUGAGGCAGCAACUCUCCUUGUGCCCUAUUAAUGUUCCAUCACAUUUCAUGUAAAGAAAUCUUGAUUAACAAUCAUGUCCGUCUUAACGUUUCGCAUUUAUUUCGCCUUCGCAGCUAACCUGUUGGCAAUCGUCAUUCUGUGUCGUGGAAACUGCGGUCUAUCCAAAUGCAUCACCCGCUACCUGCUGUCCAUGGCAGUCGCUGACCUAAUGGUUCUGAUAUUUGAAGUCAUUCUCUAUGAAAUUAAGGACAGCUAUUUCCCCUAUUCCUUCCUGAAUUAUACACCAGUCUGCAGUCUCAACCUGACUCUGCUGUUUGUGUCUCUUGAUUGCUCCGUCUGGUUAACCGUGGUUUUUACCUUUGAUCGAUUCAUUGCUAUUUGUGCCCAGACGUUACGAGCAAAAUAUUGCACCGAGAAAAUUGCCGCUCUGGCAGUAGCUGUUGUAAGUUUCUCCAGCGUUUUAGAAAAUUCUGCUGUAUACCUUAUAUACGAACCUCGGGACAUAAUUGACAAAAUACCUUGGUCUUGCUCUGUCAAAUCCAGCUUCUAUACUUUGCCCAUAUGGGCAACAUAUUUGUGGCUCGAUACUAUUUUAACUCCAUUAUUGCCGUUUGUUUUGAUCGUUCUGUUCAACGCCCUGACAAUUAGACACAUAGUUCUCGCCAACAGGGUGAGAAGCGUUCUACGAGGAGGGAAUAACAUUGGCAAUGACACUGAUCCAGAGAUGGCCAAUAGAAAGAAAUCGAUUACUUUAUUGAUCUCUAUAUCUGGCUCGUUCAUUCUGCUGUGGGUGGUAAUUUUCGUUUGCUUCGUAACGGUGCAAUUUACAGACACCCAGUUUUUAAAAUCAGAUUACAACGACCCGUUCACAAUUGCAGAACAAACCGGUUAUAUGCUCAGAUGCCUCAGCUCUUGCACAAACACGUUCAUUUAUGCAGUGUCACAGAGCAAAUUCAGAAAUGAAAUGAAGACUAUAAUAAAACGUCCGCUGGAACUCUUUGGUCAUAUGAAAAAGGAAAAAUAGAUCGAUCCUUUCACUGGUUAAAAAGGCACAUUCGUCUACGUUUAGACAUUCUAUAAACUAAAUGUGCAUUGAGGAACUACAGAGGAAAUAUGUAUUCAUCUGUUUCCGAAAUAAUGCAACAUUACUUAAAAUAAGCCACUUGAUGCCUCCAGUCUUGUCAGUUCAAAUCAAUGGUCCCCACGACUACCGUUCAU